AUGCUCACUCGACGGGCUUUCUUGUCUUUAGCUCUGUUAUCUUGGUCCGUGACAGGGCUUGGCUUUGAAGUUCUGCACGAUUAUUCGGGAUCGACCUUUUUCAACGGAUGGGACUACUACGGACUCUGGGAUAAUUUGACUCUGGGGAAUGUCACAUACUUGAGUGCUGAAGCUGCGACCCAGCAGAGGCUGACGUACGUCAACGACGCCGGGAACGCCAUCAUCCGCGUGGACAACUUUACAACCGUUUCUGAAGGCGACAGGCGAAAUUCUAUACGGAUAACUUCCAGCGAAUUUUACGAGUAUGGUAGCCUUUGGAUCAUAGAUGCGCUGCAUCUUCCCUACGGGUGCUCAGUGUGGCCGGCAUUCUGGAGCAAGGGGUCCCACUGGCCAAACGACGGCGAGAUCGACAUCAUCGAGGCUAUCAACCUGAUGCCUAACAACCAGAUGGCGCUGCAUACGACCGAAGGUUGCGUGCAUAACACCACGGCUCCCCAGACGGGGUUCAAUAUUGACAACGAUUGUGGUACUGCGUCUGGUUGCACUGUCGGAAUGAGUUCCCCCAAUAGCUACGAGAGCGGCUUUGCGGCUGCGGGUGGAGGCGUCUAUGCGACGCAGUUUGAUGUGUCGGGAAUUUACAUGUGGUUCUGGAGCCGACCGAACGUACCGGAUUCUAUCACGAGUGCGACAGCAAACUCAUCGAUGAACAUUUCGUCGUGGGGUCCUCCGACCGCAAGCUACCCUACCAAUGCGUACUGUAACAUUACAAACUUUUUCUCCGCGCAACAGCUUAUCUUUGAUAUAACAUUGUGUGGAGACUGGGCCGGUGUUCCAGGUACUUACGAUGGUACGGGAUGUGCGAAUGCAGGUCCCAAUAACAACUGUUAUCUCGACAACGUUGUGGGGAACGGCAGCAACUACGACGAGGCGUACUUCGAAGUUGCGUACGUUCGCACGUACACUACAGGCGUCGUGCUUCCCGCUAGCACCGCUACAUCCACAUCUGUGGCUAGUUCGUCCAGCGGCUCACAGACAAGCACCCCUUCGCGCUCGCAAAAGUCAGACGCGUGGAGAGAACAUGGCAGCCUGGAGGCCUUCUUGGCCGCAUCGGCGGUUGCGAUGCUAGCCGGGUGUUUGUUUACUUUGGCAUGA